GCAGCAACUCUUCGACAGAGAUUCUGCAGAUACGCGUCCACUCCUCAGCGACGAGCCUUGUCACAGCCAAGGAGAGUCACAGCCUUGGUCACAGCCUUGGCUAGCGGUGGACUUUGACACUUUGACCCGAUCGGACGCGGCGGCCAGCUGACUGUUGGUGACGGGAGAGAAGGGCGGCGGGGAGGGUCAGGGACGGCGGGACAGUGUUGUUGACGCACAAGUGUGGUGAAGGACAGGCGGGUGGUUCUUGUUUUGCAGGCACAAGGCAGAAUACAUCACCAUGAGUCCACAGUUAUUGUAUGAUGGUCAAGUGGCUGUCAUCACUGGUGCUGGUGGCGGCCUUGGGCGAGCCUAUGCAUUGCAGUUUGGGUCACGAGGAGCCAAAGUGGUUGUCAAUGACCUUGGAGGAGAUACCAAAGGCCAAGGCCAGAGCUCCCGUGCAGCAGACAAGGUGGUGGAAGAAAUCCGCCAGGCCGGGGGGGUUGCUGUAGCCAAUUAUGAUUCAGUUGAGGAUGGGGAGAAGAUUAUCCAGACAGCCCUCGACAACUUUGGACGAGUAGACAUUCUUGUGAACAACGCUGGCAUCCUUCGAGACAAAUCCUUCGCCCGCAUCUCCAAUGAUGACUGGGACCUGGUGCAUAAGGUUCACUUGCGUGGUUCCUUCAUGGUGACCCGAGCAGCCUUCCCCAUCAUGAAAAAGCAGAAAUAUGGCCGCAUAAUUAUGACAGCCUCCACCUCAGGCAUAUUUGGCAACUUUGGACAAGCCAAUUACAGUGCAGCCAAGUUGGGAUUACUGGGUCUAAGCAAUACUGUAGCCAUCGAAGGCCAAAAGUAUAACAUCCACUGCAACACCAUCACUCCUUUCGGUGGCACACGCAUGACUGAAGGCAUACUUCCCCCAGAUUUGUUUAAUGAGUUUAAACCUGAACUUGUGGCACCUCUGGUCCUGUGGUUGUGUCACCAGGACUGUGAAGAUACUAGGGGACUCUUCCUUGCUGGUGGCGGCUGGUAUGGGAAAUACCGAUGGGAGUCUACUAAUGGCGUCAUGUGUCGAAAGUCUCGAGAAGAUGUAGUAACACCAGAAGCUGUAAGGGAUCACUGGGACAUCAUAACAGAUUUCACUCAGAGUCUCAAACCUGAAUCAGGUGAAGAGGCAACGGCUCACCUUAUUGAGGCCAUGCAUGAUCUGGAUACAAAAGCAAGUGUCAACUCCCAUAACACUUCUGCUACUUCCCCUCCCUCUGCUUCACCCUCAGACACUGCUGGUCCUAUGUCAGCGCUUGGGGUGAAACUGCCGCCCCAGCCCUUUACCUAUGGGCCCCGAGAUGCGAUUCUCUAUGCUCUUGGAGUUGGCGUUUCAACGAAGGAUGAAGAUGCACUGAACUUCUUGUAUGAGAACAGUGAAGACUUCAGCCCCAUACCCACUUUUUGUGUUAUACCUGCUCAGGCUGCAAUGAUGGACGGGUCUCUAUUUUCCAAGUUUUCUGGCUGGAGACCAGAUCUCACCAAGUUGCUGCAUGGAGAGAUGUAUGUGGAGCUCCUGAAACCACUCCCUUCCUCAGCCACCCUCACCACUGACAUGGAGGUGGUGGAUGUAAUGGACAAGGGUUCUGGUGCUGUCCUCAUUUAUGAUACCACCAGUCGAGAUGAGGCAGGAGAGAUAGUUUUCCGGACUCAGUGGUCAGUGUUUUUGGUGGGUGAAGGUAACUUUGGGGGGCCACGAAAGAGCGCCAAGGCUAUCCCUCUACUGGACCACCCAAGCCGGGCCCCAGAUGCCUCUGAGGAGGUGCUCACUGGGGUGGACCAGGCUGCCUUGUACCGUCUCUGUGGUGAUGGCAAUCCCUUGCACAUAGAUCCUUCCUUUGCUGCAAUGGGAGGGUUUGCCCAACCCAUCCUACAUGGCCUCUGUUUUUAUGGCAUCUCAGCACGGGUCAUUCUUAAGCACUAUUGUGGCAAUGAUCCUUCUAGGUUCAAGGCCAUGAAGACACGCUUUGCCAAACCUGUGAUCCCAGGCCAGAGGUUGGUGGUGGACAUGUGGAAAGAGGGCAGCCGUGUUUACUUCACCUGCACUGUAAAGGAGACUGGCAAAGCAUGUCUGACAGGUGGCUAUGUGGACAUAACUGACAAGGACCCUGCCUCUGCUGUUGAGGAUGUGACAAGUGCUGGAGGAAACUUGGCAAGUGCUAGCCUAUUUCAGGAGAUGGCCAAGAAAGUUGCUGACACCCCUGGCUUGGCUGGAAAAAUUAAGGCAGUAUUCUUGUGGAACAUCAACAAAAACAAAGCUCUAGCAGCUCAGUGGACUGUGGACCUGAAAGAGGACCCUGGAGAAGUGUAUGCAGGACCCCCUAAGGCUGGAGUCAAGCCCAAUGUGACUCUCACUUUGGAAGACUCUGACAUGGCAGACUUAGGGGCUGGAAAGCUUAACCCCCAAAAGGCUUUCAUGUCUGGCAAAUUGAAAGUAACAGGCAAUGUGAUGCUCACCCAGAAGCUGCAACCUCUUCUUCGUCCCCAGGCCAAGAUGUAAAACCUCUUAGUCCUUGGGACCUUUCCCUUCCCAUAUAGUAUACUUGAGGACAUUUUGUAUGAUAUUUUUCUGCAUGCAGCAAUGAGUACAAGUGUUGCUGCUGCUUCUUUUGGGAAAUAUUGUAUCAGUUUUAAUUGAAAAUACAUAAUGUAUAUAGAAUUUUUUGUACAUGCAUAAACAUUUGGCUGUGAGACAGGUCAUGUGUAGGGUUUGUUUUAUUUUAGGGAGGUAAUUGUAGUUGCCCAUAAAUAGCACAACCAUUGAGUUUGCUGCAGCAGUGAAUGUGUAAAUGGAAAGGUUUUACAUAGUAUACAAUUUUGUUGGUU